GCCGCAAGGAAACGUCACUUCCGCCACUACGCGCGCCCUGCCUAAACCAGGUGGCUCCUGGUAGGUGAGUGAAGCUGCUACAUGGAGCCCUUUUACCUUUGUGUCAUGGGGGACACGCACCACCGCAGGUUUCUCGGCGCGCCUCCCGACGAAGCCCACACACUCUUCUGUCAAUGAGCGUCAAGGCCCAGCGCUGUUCUCUUCCCUCCGCUCCCCCUUCGACCUCUUAGGUCAGGCACGCCAUCACCCUCGCCAGUCUGGCUUUGUGUAGCGCCCAGACCACUCGCAAACUCAUGUUCUCCCUAAGUCGUCCUCGGAGGUCUCAUCUCCCCUAAGACCACUUGCGGAUGGGAGAAGCGCCUGGGAUGAAGAAGAGGCCUCUGCAGCCAACCAGCGCCCCGUCCCCUCGCCGCUCUUUGCAGACUGUAACCAUGAAGUUCAACUCAUUUGUGACCUUGGACCGCAGCAAAAACCGCAAAAGCCACUUCAGUGCCCCCUCGCACGUGCGGUGCAAGAGCAUGCCUCCCCUUUCCAGAGAGCUGCGGCAGAACUAUAACGUCCACUCCAUGCCCAUCCGCAAGGACGAUGAGGUCCAGGUGGUUCGAGGACACUACAAAGGUCAGCAAAUCAGCAAGGUGGUUCAGGUGUACAGAAGGAAGUAUGUCAUCUGCAUCGAGCGUGAGAAGGCCAAUGGCAUGACUGUCCAUGUGGGCAUCCACCCACGCAAGGUGGUUAUCAACAGGCUAAAACUGGACAAAGUCAGAAAAAAAAUUCUUUUACGCAAAGCAAAAUCUCCACAAGUUGGAAAAGAAAAAGGCAAAUACAAGGAAGAGCUCACUGAGAAAAUGCAGGAGUGAAUAUAACCUGUGUCGCAGCCAUGGUUUACUGGAGAUGUCUAGCCCAGCCUGUGCUUCUCUGGAACUUUUGAAGAUGUCUCUCAAAUGUGUCGUUGCCUUCCUGUUUUGUUAUUGACAUCUGGCUCUGUAACUAUUUUUGUAGUUUUGAUUAAUAAUUUUAUGAAUAAAAUUGGAGCUAUUUCCUAACUGCAAA